UAUCAACAUGGACGUUUUCUUGUAAUUUUCGUUAGUUUUUUUGUGAUUUUGAUAUAAUUUGUUCAAGAAUAAAAUAUUUAGAAACAAAGUAAUAAGUGCAAUUAAAUGUCUGGUUUUUACUAUUUUGCAAUUGUGGGGCACAAUGAUAACCCUGUUUAUGAAACAGAGUUUACCCACCAAAUGAAGUCUAGUCACUCCGGUGCAGAAUCUGGUCGAGAUCAGAUGAAGAAAAGUAGUGAUCCUCAUCUACAUCAGUUUGUUGUUCAUGCAGCCCUUGAUCUUGUUGAUGAAAUGAUGUGGAGUACAAAUAACAUGUAUCUAAAAGUUGUUGACAGAUUUAAUGAAUGGUUUGUUUCUUCCUUUGUUACUGCUGGAGGAAUGAGAUUCAUGGUCUUGCAUGAUGUAAAAAAUGAAGAUGGAAUAAAGAACUUCUUUAAUGAAGUUUAUGAGACAUUUAUCAAGGUGAUGAUGAACCCAUUCUAUCAACACAACACCAAGAUAAAACUUCCUGUGUUUGAUAAGAAGGUCUUGCAAGCAGGAAGAAAACAUUUGCUAAAUUAAAUAUUGUCAUUUACACCAUUAAAUAUUUCGAACGAGUAUAGUGGAGUAUAAAUUAUUUCAUACAUUUCCAAUAGACCUUUUUGGUAAUUAUAUCACAACAUUUUAACAU